AUGGAGCCACAGGCGCCUCCGCGGAGGCUCCGACGGGGCGGGCGCCGAGGCAGCGCGGGGGACGCCGAGCACUCUCCGACGCGGCCGCCUCUUCUGGCCCGGGAAGGCCUGGCCAGCCUGCGAGGCCCCCCUCCCUCCCUCCCUCCCUCCCUCCCGGGGCUUUGCUGCGCCUGGGCGGAGGGUGGCCGGGAGUCGUCCGUCCGUCCGUCCGUCCGCGCCUCCCGCGAAGAAGGGCCGUCCGGCCAGCCCGCCCGCCGGCCCGCCCGCCGAGGAGACCCUUCCGCAGCCCGGGCACGGCGGCAUGCAGCUGACCUGAGCAAACGGAGCCCGGGACCGACCCGCCCCGUCCGGUCAGAGGCCAGUGGCGGCGGCGGCGGCGGCGGCGGCAGCUCCCGGCCCCUGCGGGGAGACGCCGCCUCUCCUGGCCCCGGCGCAGAAACAGCCUCCGCCGGCCCGCCUGGAGGAGGAGCAGGAGGAGCAGGAGCCCGGCUGGCCCCUGCCCGGGGGGGGGGGAGAAGCGGGCCCCCUGAAGCCCCGCGCCCCCCGCCUGGAUGCCCGCCAAGCCAAGCCAGCAAGAGAAUUCAGCCCUUCAAGCAGCAGAGCUUGGAAAGCCCGCAGGCAACUGGUUGGCUGGCAGAGCAGCAGCUGCUUCUUCCUCUAAAACGGAUGUCCAUGAAGAUUCCGUUGCUGGGGUCCAGGACCUUUGGGGGGACCAGCCCUGAGGCCCCCCUGCUGAGCAAAGCAGAGUUUGUGGAGAAGGUUCGCCAGAGCAACCAGGCCUGCCACGACGGUGACUUCUGCAAGGCCGUCGCCCUUUACAGCGAGGCUCUGGGAGUCGAUCCUCAGAACUGCAUCUUGUACAGCAAUCGCUCUGCAGCCUACAUGAAGACCCAGCAGUAUGACAAAGCUCUGGAUGAUGCCAUCAAGGCCCGGCUCCUGAACCCCAAGUGGCCAAAGGCCUACUUCCGACAGGGUGUCGCCCUCCAGUACCUGGGGCGCCAUGCCGACGCCCUGGCAGCGUUUGCCUCUGGGCUGGCUCAAGACCCCAAGAGCCUGCAGCUCCUGGUGGGGAUGGUGGAAGCCGCCAUGAAGUCUCCUAUGCGAGAGUCCCUCGAGCCGACGUACCAGCAGCUGCAGAAGAUGAAACUGGACAAGAGCCCCUUUGUAGUGGUCUCUGUGGUCGGCCAAGAGCUGCUGACGGCCGGCCACCACGGCGCCUCAGUGGUCGUCCUGGAAGCGGCCCUGAAGAUCGGCACCUGCAGCCUGAAGCUGAGGGGCUCCGUCUUCUCCGCGCUCAGCAGCGCCUACUGGUCCCUCGGCAACAGCGAGAAGAGCACCGGCUACAUGCAGCAGGACCUGGACGUGGCCAAGACUUUAGGUGACCAGAUGGGCGAAUGCCGAGCUCAUGGGAAUCUGGGCUCUGCGUUUUUCUCCAAAGGAAACUACCGGGAGGCCUUGACCAACCACCGGCACCAGUUGAUGCUUGCCAUGAAGCUCAAGGACAGAGAGGCAGCCUCCUGCGCCCUCAGCAGCCUGGGCCACGUCUACACGGCCAUCGGUGACUACCCCAACGCCCUGGCCAGCCACAAGCAGUGCGUCCUGCUGGCCAAGCAAGGCAAGGAUGAACUCUCGGAGGCGCGAGAGCUGGGCAACAUGGGCGCCGUCUACAUCGCCAUGGGCGACUUUGAGAACGCGGUGCGCUCCCACGAGCAGCACCUGGAGAUCGCCAAAGGGCUGGGCAACAAGCGUGAGGAAGCCCGGGCCUACAGCAACCUGGGCAGCUCCUACCACUACCGGCGCAACUUUGACAAGGCCAUGUCUUACCACAACCACGUCCUGGCGCUGGCUCAGGAGCUGGGGGAGAAAGCCAUCGAGAUGCGCGCCUACGCUGGCCUGGGCCACGCUGCUCGCUGCCUGCAGGAUCUGGAGAGGGCCAAGCAGUACCACGAGGAUCAGCUGCGCAUUGCAGAGAGCCUUCAGGAUCGCGCCGCUGAGGGGCGGGCCUCCUCCAAUCUCGGGAUCAUCCAUCAGAUGAAGGGGGAGUACGAGAAGGCCCUGCAGCUGCACAAGGGGCACCUGUCCAUCGCCCAGGAGCUGAACGAUUACGCCGCCCAGGGGCGGGCCUACGGCAACAUGGGCAACGCCUACAACGCCCUGGGCCUCUUUGACCAGGCCGUCAAGUACCACCGGCAGGAGCUGCAGAUCUCAAUGGAGGUGAACGACCGCGCCUCCCAGGCCUCCACCCACGGCAACCUGGCCGUGGCCUACCAGGCGCUGGGUGCUCACGACCGGGCCCUUCAGCACUACCAGAACCACCUCAACAUUGCCCGGGAGCUGCGGGACAUCCAGAGCGAGGCGCGGGCCCUGGGCAACCUGGGCAACUUCCACUGCUCUCGCGGGGAGUUUGCACAGGCUGCCCCCUAUUACGAGCAGUACCUGCAGCUCUCCCCAGAGCUUCAGGACAUGGAGGGUGAGGGCAAAGUGUGCCACAACCUGGGCUACGCCCACUACUGCCUGGGCAACUACGAGGAGGCAGUGAAGUACUACGAGCAGGAUCUGGCCCUGGCCACAGACCUGCGCGACAAGCUGAGCCAGGCCAAAGCCUACUGCAACCUGGGCUUGGCCUUCAAGGCCCUGGCCAACUUCAGCAAGGCCGAGGAGUGCCAGAAGUACCUCCUGUCCCUGGCCCAGUCCCUCGGCAACACCCAGGCCAAGUUCCGGGCCCUGGGCAACCUGGGCGACAUCUUUGUCUGCAAGAAGGACCUCGGUGGUGCCAUCCGGUUCUAUGAGCAGCAGCUGAGCCUGGCCCACCAGGCCGCGGACCGGAAGCUGGAGGCGAGCGCCUACGCGGCCCUGGGCUCCGCCUACCGACUGGUUCAGAAGUACGACAAGGCGGUGGGCUACCACACGCAAGAGCUGGAGGUGUACCAAGAGCUGGGCGAGGUGCCAGGGGAGUGCCGAGCCCACGGGCACCUGGCCGCCGUCUACAUGGCCCUGGGCAAGUACACUGUGGCCUUCAAGUGCUAUGAGGAGCAGCUGGAGCUGGCCCAGAAGCUGAAGGACCCCGGCGCCGAGGCCCAGGUCUACGGCAACAUGGGCAUCACCAAGAUGAACGUGAGCUCCAUGGAGGAGGCCAUCGGCUACUUCGAGCAGCAGCUGGCCACACUGCAGCAGCUGAGUGGCGGCGAGGCCGUGCUGGACAGGGGCCGGGCCUUUGGCCACCUGGGCGACUGCUAUGAGGCACUGGGCGACUUCGAGGAGGCCAUCAAGUACUACGAGCAGUACCUCUCCGUGGCCCAGAGCCUGAACCGCAUGCAGGACCAGGUGAAGGCUUACCGGGGCCUGGGCAGCGGGCACAGGGCGAUGGGGAGCUUGCAGCAAGCCCUGGUCUGCUUUGAGAAGAGGCUGGUGGUGGCCCACGAGCUGGGGGAAGCCUUUGACAAGGCCCAGGCCUACGGGGAGCUGGGCACGCUCCACAGCCAGCUGGGCAACUGUGAGCAGGCCGUCUCGUGCCUGGAGCGCCAGCUCAGCAUCGCCCGAGAGAUGAAGGACCAGGCCCUGGAAGGGAGCGCCGCUUGUGGCUUGGGCAGUGUCUACCAGCAGAUGGGUGAGUACGACACGGCACUUCAGUACCACCAGCUGGAUCUCCAGAUCGCCGAGGAGACCAACAACCCGGCCUGCCAAGGACGGGCCUACGGCAACCUGGGCCUGACCUACGAGGCCCUGGGCACGUACGAGAGAGCCGUGGUGUACCAGGAGCAGCACCUCAGCAUCGCUGCCCAGAUAAACGACCUGGUGGCCAAAACUGCUUCCUACAGCAGCCUCGGUAGGACUCAUCAUGCCCUGCAGAAUUACUCUCAGGCUGUCAUGUACCUGCAGGAAGGGCUGAGGCUGGCGGAGCAGCUGGGGCGCAGGGAGGAUGAAGCCAAGAUCCGGCACGGCCUUGGCCUCUCGCUUUGGGCCAGUGGGAACCUGGAGGAGGCCCAGCAUCAGCUCUACCGGGCCUCGGCGCUCUUUGAGACCAUCCGGCACGAGGUGCAGCUCAGCACAGACUACAAGCUCUCGCUCUUUGACCUGCAGACGUCCUCCUACCAGGCCCUGCAGCGGGUGCUGGUCAGUUUGGGGCACCACGACGAGGCCCUGGCAGUGGCGGAACGAGGGCGCACGAGGGCCUUCGCCGACCUGCUGGUGGAACGUCAGAUGGGGCCGCAGGAAUCCGACCCCUACUCCCCUGUCACUGUGGAUCAGGUCCUGGAGACCGUCAACAGCCAGCGGGGGCUGGUGCUGUACUACUCCUUGGCUGCAGGAUACCUCUACAGCUGGCUGCUGGCACCCGGGGCAGGGAUCCUGAAAUUCCACUCGUGCUGCCUGAGCGACGGCCCAGCAGAGGACUCUGCGGACUUCCCAGAGUGCAGUGUGAGCCUGCAGGCCGCCACCUGCUCCACCCUUGAGCAGCUCAGCGCCAGUGUGCGAGAGGCGCUGGGAGUCGACUCCUACUACAUGCGAGGUUGCACCAGCAGUGAGACCGAGAGUGAGGCAGGAGACAUCAUGGAUCAGCAGUAUGAGGAGAUGAACAACAAGCUGAAUUCUGUGACGGACCCCACCGGCUUCCUGAGGAUGGUUAGCAGGAACAAUCUGUUCAACAGGAGCUGCCAGAGCAUGAGCAGCCUCUUCAGCAGCCCGGCUUCCCCGACCAAGGAGGCUGCUUCUUCACUGCCCCGGCGGCCGAGCUCCCUCAGCAAGUCCCCGCUGCGUGCCCUCUACGACCUGCUGAUUGGGCCCAUGGAAGGGGGCCUGAUGCAUUCCAGUGGGCCCGUGGGCCGCCACCGGCAGCUCAUCCUGGUGCUGGAGGGGGAGCUGUACCUGAUCCCCUUCGCCCUCCUCAAGGGCAGCUCCUCCAACGAGUAUCUCUACGAGCGCUUCAGCCUCCUCGCCGUGCCCUCUGCCCAGGCCCUCAGCCCCCACGCCAAGAGCCAGUCGAAGAAGAACGCGGCGGUCUACAGCGGCUCUCCCUCCAUGGCUGCCGUCAUCGGCAAUCCCAAGCUGCCCUCCUCUGUGAUGGACCGGUGGCUGUGGGGGCCAAUGCCCUCGGCUGAGGAGGAGGCCUACGCUGUGUCGGAGCUGCUGGGCUGCCAGCCGCUGGUGGGCAGCCUAGCCACCAAGGAGCGGGUGAUGAGUGCGCUGGCCCAGGCCGAGUGCGUGCAUUUUGUCACCCACGUCUCCUGGAAGCUGGCUGCCUUGGUCCUGACGCCCAACGCGGAGAGUAUCGCUGCCGGCAGCAAAGGCUGCUUUGGGAACUCCUACACCAUCCCUGAGUCCCUGCGUGUGCAGGAUGACGCCAGUGACGCAGAGAGCAUCUCGGAUUGCCCGCCCUUGCAAGAGUUCCUGCUCACCGCGGCCGACAUUCUGGACCUGCGGCUGCCUGUCAAGCUGGUGGUCCUGGGCUCCUACCAGGAGUCCAACAGCAAGGUCACCGCCGACGGGGUGAUCGGGCUGACGCGAGCCUUCCUGGCAGCUGGGGCACAGUGUGUCCUGGUCUCUCUGUGGCCGGUCCCGGUGGCCGCCUCCAAGACGUUUGUGCACACUUUCUACUUGGCCCUGCUGAACGGGCUGAAGGCCAGCGUUGCCCUGGGCGAGGCCAUGAAGGCCGUGCAGGCGAGCCAGCAGUUCUCCCACCCUUCCAACUGGGCAGGCUUCAUGCUGAUUGGGAGCGAUGUGAAGCUCAACAGCCCUUCUUCUCUGAUUGGACAGGCCUUGACGGAUAUCCUCCAGCACCCGGAGCGAGCACGCGACGCCCUGCGGGUUCUGCUGCACCUGGUGGAGAAGUCCCUGCAGCGCAUCCACAGCGGGCAGCACAACUCCAUGUACACCUCGCAGCAGAGCGUGGAGAACAAAGUGGGGGGCAUCCCAGGCUGGCAGGCUCUGCUGACCGCCGUCGGCUUCCGGCUGGACCCGCCGGCCAGUGGGCUGCCAGCAGCCGUCUUCUUCCCCACUGCGGACCCGGGGGAUCGGCUGCAGCGCUGCAGCACCACCCUGCAGGCCUUGCUCGGCUUGCCAAAUGCCGCCCUGCAAGCUCUGUGCAAGCUCACUGCCGCCUCCGAAACUGGGGAGCAGCUCAUCGGCCAGGCGGUUAAAAACAUGGUGGGAAUGCUUCACCAGGUGCUGGUGCAACUCCAGGUGGGAGAGAAGGAGCAGGACUUCACUUUGGCCCCAAUCCAGGUCUCCAUCAGCGUCCAGCUGUGGCGGCUGCCCGGCUGCCAUGAAUUCCUGGCAGCUUUAGGAUUCGACCUUUGUGAGGUCGGGCAGGAGGAGGUGACCCUGAAGACGGGCAAGCAGGCCAGCCGCAGGAUGGUCCACUUUGCUGUCCAGACUCUGCUGGCCCUGUUCGACUCCACAGAGCUACCCAAACGCCUUAGCUUGGACAGCUCCUCGUCGCUGGAAUCCCUGGCCUCUGCUCAGUCUGUCUCCAAUCCUGGACCGCUCAGCUAUCAGAACCCUCCGUUCUCCCCCACGGGCCCAGACAGCUUGGCCUCAGAUGCCAUCUCGGUGUACAGCCUGAGCUCCAUCACCUCCUCCGUCAGCUUUGCCUCGAAGCCAGAGUGUGUGUUGGAAGGAGGAGGCGCCCGGGGGCGCCCCGAUUACGAGAGGCCGAAGAACAUCUACCCCCAAAGGACCCUGAUGCCCCGUGGCCCAAUCUCCCCACAGACCAGCACUGCUUUUGGCAAAGAUGGGGACGACUAUGAAGGGUUCUCCAUCAUCAGCAGUGACCCACUGACAGUGUACCAAGAGACGAGACGGCCACGGUUCUCCCCGGACCACAGACCCUCCCAGAUUCAUAAGGCUGGAGGGGUCAAGAUUUCAGUCAGCUCCAAGGGGAGCGUCAGUUCCCCAAACUCCCCUGUUAAAAUGACUCUCAUUCCCAGCCCAAACUCCCCGUUCCAAAAGGUUGGGAAACUCGCGUGUUCGGACACAGGUGACUCGGACCAGUCGAGUACUGAGACAGACAGCACCGUCAAAUCGCAGGAGGAAAACAACCCAAAGCUCGACCCUCAGGAACUGGCCCAGAAGAUCCUGGAAGAGACUCAGAGCCACCUCCUGGCUGUGGAACACCUCCAACGGAGCACAGGGGGCCAGCUCAGCAAGAGCAGCAGCCUGGACAACGGGGCCUCUCCGCUCACCGGGGCGUCUUCCUUCCGGGCAUCAGAAACCAGCGCCUUCAGCAGGCCUCUGUGGUCCAGUCACAAGAGCCAGCCUUCCCCCACUGCCAUGAAGCCAAAGCCACCCACCAGGAGCUCCUCCUUGCAGAAGGUGAGCUCCGGCUACAGCAGCCCGACAACAUCGGAGGCAUCCACCAAGGAAGGCGCCGGACAGCACAGCAACCAGCCGUCCCCCGGCUCCGACCCUCAGGGGCCGCUCUUCAGACUCAAGUACCCCAGCUCUCCCUACAGCCCUCACAUUUCCAAAUCCCCCAGGAACGUCUCCCCGAGCUCAGGGCACCACUCCCCAGCGGGCAGCACCCCCUCCCCUGCGCUCUCUUACUCCUCCGCCAGCUCAGCCCGCUCCAGCCCUGCUGAUGCCCCUGCCCUAGACAAACUCAAGAUGGCCACCAUCGACGAGAAGGUGCAAGCCAUCCACAACCUGAAGAUGUUCUGGCAAAACAGCCCCCAGUGCUCCACAGGCCCCGUGAAGGCCUUCGCCUCGGGGAGGGCGGCGGCCAGGAGGGACGUCCUGAGCUUAUUGAACUUGUCUCCACGGCACAGCAAGGACGAUGCCACCAACAAGAUGGAGCUGAAGGACUUGUCUGCUCCUCAGCCCCUGGCCUCAUCGCAGAAGAACCCCCAGAAUGGACACAGGCGGCCCGACCCCACACAGCCCUCACUCCCGACCAGCACGUCAGGUCCUGGGCACCCUUUGCGGUUGCCUUUGGGAAACGGUUACAAAUUCCUGUCACCAGGACGGUUCUUUCCUUCUUCCAAAUGCUGAAAUCCUUUUG